CGUCCGGCCCACUGACGGCAUGAAGCCUUUAGGCGCACGCAGUGCUCUCGGCUUUUUGGUUGAAGCCCCUCAUCUGCCUUCAGUCUGAAGGCAGGGCCGGGCAGAGGACGGAUCGGAGGGUCCCCGCCGGCCCGGCCAAGCGAGAGGGAGAGGAGGGGGCGAGAGACAGGAAGGAAGCAAACCAUCACAUUCAAAAGAAAAAGCCCUUUGACUUUUUUUUCCCCCUCCCCGCCCCCGGCCCUCCCCAAUGGCCGUGUAGCAAACAUCCCCGGAGAUACCUUGCAAGGAGCGCAGCUGGUCCGCAUUCGCGAUUCCGUGGGUCGAGUUCACAGCUGUGAGUGCGGGGCUCGGAGAUGGAGCCGUGGUCCUCUAGGUGGAAAACGAAACGGUGGCUCUGGGAUUUCACCGUCACCACCCUCGCGUUGACUUUCCUCUUCCAAGCUAGAGAGGUCAGAGGAGGUGCUCCAGUUGAUGUACUAAAAGCACUAGAUUUUCACAAUUCUCCAGAAGGAAUAUCAAAAACAACAGGAUUUUGCACGAACAGAAAGGAUUCUAAAGGGUCAGAUACUGCUUAUAGAGUUUCAAAGCUAGCACAACUCAGUGCCCCGACAAAGCAGUUAUUUCCAGGUGGAAGUUUUCCAGAAGACUUUUCAAUAUUAUUUACACUAAAACCUAAAAAAGGAAUUCAAUCUUUCCUUUUAUCUAUAUAUAAUGAGCAUGGCAUUCAGCAAAUUGGUGUUGAGGUUGGACGAUCACCUGUCUUUCUAUUUGAAGACCACACAGGAAAACCUGCCCCAGAAGACUAUCCUCUGUUCAGAACUGUUAACAUUGCUGAUGGGAAGUGGCAUCGGGUAGCAAUCAGUGUGGAGAAGAAAACUGUGACAAUGAUUGUUGAUUGUAAGAAGAAAACCACAAAACCACUUGAUAGAAGUGAAAGAGCAAUUGUUGAUACCAAUGGAAUCACUGUUUUUGGAACAAGGAUUUUGGAUGAAGAAGUUUUUGAGGGGGACAUCCAACAAUUGUUGAUCACAGGGGACCCCAAAGCAGCAUAUGACUACUGUGAGCAUUAUAGCCCAGACUGUGACUCUUCAGCACCCAACACUGCUCAGGCUCAGGAACCUCAGAUAGACGAGUAUGCACCUGAGGAUAUAAUCGAAUAUGACUAUGAGUAUGGGGAAGCAGAAUAUAAAGAGGCUGAGAGUGUAACAGAGAGACCCACUGUAACUGAGGAGACAAUAGCACAAACAGAGGCGAAUAUCGUUGAUGACUUCCAGGAAUAUAAUUAUGGAACAAUGGAAAGUUAUCAGACAGAAGCUCCUAGGCGUGUGUCUGGAUCCAAUGAGCCAAAUCCAGUUGAAGACGUAUUUACUGAAGAAUAUCUAACUGGAGAGGAUUAUGAUUCCCAGAGGAAAAAUUCCGAGGAUACAGUAUAUGAAAGCAAAGGAAUAGACGGCAGGGACUCUGAUCUUCUGGUAGAUGGAGAUUUAGGCGAAUAUGAUUUUUAUGAAUAUAAAGAAUAUGAAGAUAAACCAACAAGCUCCCCUAAUGAAGAAUUUGGUCCAGGUGUACCAGCAGAAACUGAUAUCACAGAAACAAGUAUAAAUGGCCAUGGUGCCUACGGAGAAAAGGGACAGAAAGGGGAACCAGCAGUGGUUGAACCGGGAAUGCUGGUUGAAGGACCACCAGGACCAGCAGGACCUGCGGGUCUUAUGGGACCUCCAGGUCUACAAGGCCCCAGUGGACCUCCUGGCGACCCUGGUGAUAGGGGCCCUCCAGGACGUCCUGGCUUACCAGGGGCUGAUGGUCUACCUGGUCCUCCUGGUACCAUGUUAAUGCUACCGUUCCGUUAUGGCGGCGAUGGUUCCAAAGGACCGACCAUCUCUGCCCAGGAAGCUCAGGCUCAGGCGAUCCUUCAGCAGGCUCGGAUUGCUCUGAGAGGCCCACCUGGCCCAAUGGGUCUGACUGGAAGACCGGGUCCUGUGGGAGGGCCUGGUUCAGCUGGGGCCAAAGGGGAGAGUGGUGAUCCUGGUCCUCAGGGCCCUCGAGGUGUCCAAGGUCCCCCUGGUCCAACUGGAAAACCUGGAAAAAGGGGCCGUCCAGGUGCUGAUGGAGGAAGAGGAAUGCCAGGUGAACCAGGGGCAAAGGGAGACCGAGGGUUUGAUGGACUUCCAGGUCUGCCAGGAGACAAAGGUCAUAGGGGUGAAAGAGGUCCACAGGGUCCUCCAGGUCCUCCUGGUGAUGAUGGAAUGAGGGGAGAAGAUGGAGAAAUAGGGCCCAGGGGUCUUCCUGGGGAAGCUGGCCCAAGAGGUUUGCUGGGACCAAGAGGAACUCCAGGACCUCCAGGGCAGCCUGGUAUUGCUGGUGUAGAUGGCCCCCCAGGACCAAAAGGGAACAUGGGUCCCCAAGGAGAGCCUGGACCCCCAGGUCAACAAGGGAAUCCAGGUCCUCAAGGUCUUCCUGGUCCACAAGGUCCCAUUGGUCCACCUGGUGAAAAAGGACCACAAGGAAAGCCAGGGCUUGCAGGGCUUCCUGGGGCUGAUGGCCCUCCUGGUCACCCGGGAAAAGAAGGCCAGUCUGGAGAAAAGGGAGCUCUGGGUCCUCCUGGUCCACAGGGACCUAUUGGCUAUCCAGGUCCCAGAGGAGUAAAGGGUGCAGAUGGUGUCAGAGGUCUCAAGGGAUCUAAAGGUGAAAAGGGUGAAGAUGGUUUUCCAGGAUUCAAAGGUGAUAUGGGUCUCAAAGGUGAUAGAGGAGAAGUAGGUCAAAUAGGCCCAAGAGGAGAAGAUGGUCCUGAAGGGCCCAAAGGUCGAGCAGGUCCAACUGGUGACCCAGGUCCUUCGGGUCAAGCAGGAGAGAAGGGGAAACUUGGAGUUCCAGGAUUACCAGGAUAUCCAGGAAGACAAGGUCCAAAGGGUUCCACUGGAUUUCCUGGGUUCCCAGGUGCCAAUGGAGAGAAAGGUGCACGGGGAGUAGCUGGCAAACCAGGUCCUCGGGGUCAACGUGGCCCAACGGGUCCUCGAGGCUCAAGAGGUGCAAGAGGUCCCACUGGGAAACCGGGGCCAAAGGGCACUUCUGGUGGUGAUGGGCCUCCUGGCCCUCCAGGUGAAAGAGGCCCUCAAGGACCUCAGGGUCCUGUUGGGUUUCCAGGACCAAAAGGCCCUCCUGGACCACCUGGGAAAGAUGGCCUGCCGGGACACCCUGGGCAGCGUGGAGAAACAGGAUUUCAAGGCAAGACUGGCCCUCCUGGUCCAGGAGGUGUUGUUGGACCACAGGGACCAACUGGUGAGACUGGUCCAAUAGGUGAACGUGGGCAUCCCGGCCCUCCAGGCCCUCCUGGUGAGCAAGGUCUUCCUGGUGCAGCAGGAAAAGAAGGUGCAAAGGGUGACCCAGGCCCUCAAGGUGUAUCAGGGAAAGAUGGGCCAGCAGGACUACGAGGUUUCCCAGGUGAAAGAGGUCUUCCAGGAGCUCAGGGUGCACCUGGUCUGAAAGGAGGAGAAGGUCCCCAGGGCCCACCAGGUCCAGUUGGUUCACCAGGAGAACGAGGAUCAGCAGGUACAGCUGGCCCAAUUGGUUUGCCAGGGCGUCCAGGACCCCAGGGCCCUCCUGGUCCAGCUGGAGAGAAGGGUGCUCCUGGAGAAAAAGGUCCCCAAGGCCCUGCAGGAAGAGAUGGAGUACAAGGUCCUGUGGGUCUCCCAGGGCCAGCUGGUCCUGCUGGUUCCCCCGGAGAAGAUGGAGACAAGGGUGAAAUUGGUGAACCAGGACAAAAAGGCAGCAAAGGUGACAAAGGAGAAAAUGGUCCUCCUGGCCCCCCAGGUCUUCAAGGACCAGUUGGUGCCCCUGGAAUUGCUGGAGGUGAUGGUGAACCAGGUCCCAGAGGACAGCAGGGGAUGUUUGGACAAAAAGGUGAUGAGGGUGCAAGAGGUUUCCCUGGACCUCCCGGUCCUAUAGGUCUUCAGGGUCUGCCAGGGCCACCUGGUGAAAAAGGUGAAAAUGGAGAUGUGGGUCCCAUGGGUCCACCUGGUCCUCCAGGCCCAAGAGGCCCUCAAGGUCCCAAUGGAGCUGAUGGCCCACAAGGACCCCCAGGAUCUAUUGGUUCUGUUGGUGGUGUAGGAGAUAAGGGUGAACCUGGAGAAGCUGGGAACCCAGGGCCUCCUGGGGAAGCAGGCUCAAGCGGCCCCAAAGGAGAAAGAGGAGAGAAGGGAGAAGCUGGUCCACCUGGUGCUGCUGGACCUCCUGGUGCUAAGGGGCCUCCAGGUGAUGAUGGCCCCAAGGGUAAUCCGGGUCCUGUUGGUUUUCCUGGAGAUCCUGGUCCUCCUGGGGAGCCUGGGCCUGCAGGUCAAGAUGGUGUUGGUGGUGAAAAGGGUGAAGAUGGAGAUCCUGGACAACCGGGUCCUCCUGGUCCAUCUGGUGAGGCUGGCCCACCAGGUCCUCCUGGAAAAAGAGGUCCUCCUGGAGCUGCAGGGGCAGAGGGAAGACAAGGUGAAAAAGGUGCUAAGGGAGAAGCAGGUGCCGAAGGUCCUCCUGGAAAAACUGGUCCAGUGGGUCCUCAAGGUCCUGCUGGAAAGCCUGGUCCAGAAGGCCUUCGGGGCAUUCCUGGCCCUGUGGGAGAGCAAGGUCUCCCUGGAGCUGCAGGACAAGAUGGACCACCAGGACCUAUGGGCCCCCCCGGCUUACCUGGUCUCAAAGGUGAUCCAGGCUCCAAGGGUGAGAAGGGACAUCCUGGUUUAAUUGGCCUGAUUGGUCCUCCAGGAGAGCAAGGAGAAAAGGGUGACCGAGGACUCCCUGGAACUCAAGGGUCUCCAGGAGCAAAGGGUGAUGGGGGGAUUCCAGGUCCUGCUGGUCCUAUUGGUCCUCCUGGUCCUCCCGGCUUACCAGGUCCCCAAGGUCCAAAGGGUAAUAAAGGCUCUACUGGACCUGCUGGCCAGAAGGGUGACAGUGGUCUUCCGGGGCCCCCUGGGCCUCCGGGUCCACCUGGUGAAGUUAUUCAGCCUUUGCCGAUCUUGUCACCCAAGAAAACAAGAAGACACACUGAAGGCAUGCAAGCAGAUGCACAAGAUAAUAUUCUUGAUUACUCAGAUGGGAUGGAGGAGAUAUUUGGUUCCCUCAAUUCUUUGAAACAAGACAUUGAACAUAUGAAGUUCCCAAUGGGUACUCAGACCAAUCCAGCCCGAACUUGCAAAGACCUGCAGCUCAGCCAUCCUGACUUCCCAGAUGGUGAAUAUUGGAUUGAUCCUAAUCAAGGUUGUUCAGGAGACUCCUUCAAAGUUUACUGUAAUUUCACAUCUGGUGGUGAGACUUGCAUUUAUCCUGACAAAAAAUCUGAGGGAGUCAGAAUUUCAUCAUGGCCAAAGGAGACACCAGGAAGUUGGUUUAGUGAAUUUAAGAGAGGAAAACUGCUUUCAUAUGUAGAUGUUGAAGGUAAUUCCAUAAAUAUGGUGCAAAUGACAUUCCUGAAACUUCUGACUGCCUCUGCUCGGCAAAAUUUCACUUACCACUGUCAUCAGUCAGCAGCCUGGUAUGAUGUGUUAUCAGGAAGUUAUGACAAAGCACUUCGGUUCCUGGGAUCAAAUGAUGAGGAGAUGUCCUAUGACAACAACCCUUACAUCAAAGCACUGGAUGAUGGCUGUGCAUCCAGAAAAGGCUAUGGGAAGACUGUGAUUGAAAUCAACACACCAAAAAUUGACCAAGUACCUAUCAUUGAUGUAAUGAUCAAUGAUUUUGGUGAUCAGAAUCAGAAGUUUGGAUUUGAAGUUAGUGCUGUUUGUUUCCUUGGCUAAGAUUAGAACAAAAAACAUAUGAAAUCAACAGAAAAUAUGCCUUGGUGCCACCAACCCAUUUUAUGCCACAUGCAAGUUUUGAAUAAGGAUGGUAUAGAAAACAUCUUGCUACAUAUACAUGUACCAUUUAGGAAAUACUGAUGCCCAGGAGGGGGCAGAAUCACAUGACAAAAGCUAUGAAAAUCAGAAAGAUAUUUGAUAGUGUGGCUGAGAUGGAAACAGCUGGUUCUUGAUGCCCAAUUCACAUCUCCUUUUCCCAUUUGGAUUUCUUUGGUGCUGUAGAAAAAAAAAAAGAGAGAGAAAAAAUAUAUAUUCAUAAAAAAUAUGGUGCUCAUUCCCGUCCAUCAAGGAUGUGCUAAAACAAUGUGUUUAAUAAAUUGUAAUUAUUUUAUGUACAGUUCUAUACUGUUAUCUAUGUGUCCACUUCCAAAACUUGCACGUGUCUCUGAAUUCCAUCUGAUUUUAAUUUUAUGACAAUUGCAGAACUAUGAUGGCAAUAAAUAUAUGUACUAUGAAAAAAUAAA